CCGGUGAAGGUUACUGCGAUUUUCAAAAUAAUACGACCUUGGUGGUGGACUAGGAUUUCCCACGUCUUUUACCGUUGUAUUAAACUGGGAUUUCAUACUGUUGAUCCUCAAACUUCUUUCUAAUAGUCCACUGUCUAAAGGCUGUGAAGACUAAACACUUUAGCAUACACUGUAUUGGUGGCUGCGGAAUCCUUGGAGCGUAUUUAUAUUUUUUCUUAAGAAUGAUUGAACAAUUUCCACUUAUAUCUUGCCUACUGUCCACACCUAUUUGUGCAAGUCUUGGUGUUGCACGUCAGGAACUGCGAAAUAAUCAGUGCUCAUACGCACCAGUGCCUGAUGGCAUGAAACUUUUGAGAUAUGCCGUUUCGUCUGGAGAUUCUGAUAAUGUUCAUAGACUGCUGAGGUCUUCAUGCACACCAAUAAGUGACAAUGAAGGUGAUAUGCCUCUUAUUUGUAUAGCAGCUGGAAAAGGCUAUGCAGAUAUAACCGGUCUACUUAUCAGACAUGGUGCACGUGUAAAUGCACAGUCGAAUGAAGGUUCCACUGCGCUGAUAUAUGCCGCAGAUGGUGGUCAUCUGGCUGUUUUAUCACUGUUGUUAAAUGCAGGUGCAGCACUAAAUGUUACUAACUUUCAUGGAGAAUCUGCACUUACACGUGCGACACGACGUGGAUGGGUUCAGUGUGCACGGCUUCUUUUAAGCUAUGGGGCCAAUCCUAAUCGCAUGCCGACAAAUGGACAUGAUUUUCUCGUAUCACCUUUACACUUAGCCCGUCAAAUGUAUCAACCCGCCAUAGAGCAAGAUAUUUUAAGGCUAUCAAUUGAGAUUGACAAAGCUUUGGUGGAAAUAGUAUCGAUGACUUUACCAAAUCAUCUGACUUUAAUCCAACCUGGACAUCUACCAGAUACAAUAUCCUCGAGUUUGUUUCCAGUUCAGCUUAUUUCUCCAUCAGAAAUCGAUAAUUUUACUGUUUAUUUUAAAACACCUGCAUGUUAUGGUGCACGCAGCAGUACACAAUCUACGGAUAAGGAAUCGUCUCAGAGAUCAACACCAUCUGAUGAAUUAAUUUUUGUCUACAUUGUUCGAGCUCACUUAUUUGAUAAUCAUGUUUCCUGUUGGCUCACUGGCCCUACAUUGGAAGCUGUAUCACUGACUUUUAAUGGGACAAGCAAACAUUGCACUCGUAUACCCCUGUCGUCUGAAUGUUCAGGGAUGAGCGUGUUUUCAGUAUCAACAGUUAUCCGAAGAGGUGUUUUCAAUACACUAGGUUUGGAGUUGCGUGCGCAAAACUCUUCAAAUGCUGAAGCAAUCCAGGACUCAUUAUGCGAUACAUUUGUACUUGUUGGAGCAUAUCGUAUUUGUCUAGACGUACAAUCUUUGGUAAGGACAUCGAUGAACCCAGUUCCAACAUCCUCAGCGCCUAGACAGACUUAUUACAUUCCUCGACCAGUGUGAUAUGAUACCAAACACGCUAAGGAUGUAAAAAACCUACAUUUUUACCUAUUAACUUGAUAUAAACAGAAAUAUGCAAAGAAUUCUUUGUUGUUGUUUUUUUCAUAAAAUAUUUAUAUGUACAUGACUGAACCCAGAGGGCGCAUUAAUUACAUAAAAUCAGUCUGAUAUUAUUUGUGUUGUGACGCUGAGGUUCCUCGAGACGACGAAGCCUGUUGCUGAUUGACUUUAUUCUGACGUUGUCGUAUGCACAUAACCAGUUGUUCCGCUGUUACUGGACACAUAAUGCUUUCAAUAAUAGCUAAGAUAGAGUUGGAAAGAUAAGAUAAGAACAUAUUGAUGAAAACAUUCACGGUAAACACAGGAUUAAUUCAAGCAGACAAGUUUCUCACAUAAAAUAUCACGCAAAAUGUACAAUUGGAAAUGAAUCAUGCCUUCUAUAUCAAAACUGCUGGUACUAUCUUGUUGUUUAAACCUCAGUGUGCAGGAUGGUCUUUUUAUAUCUGCGACUUACUGGUUAAACGUUGAGUAUCUAAACCAUCCAGCCACGUGACCACUCCUGUGUAUAUAUGGAAUAUGAAAUGAUCAAGAGUGUUGAUUUGACCUGUCUACAUAAAUGCCACCUCUCGUUUAGCAUUUAUAGUUUUGGUGCGACAGCAUGCACAGUAGGUUUACCAUGUAUAAUGGUAUAUUCAGAGGAAAUUGCUGACUGGGUUGACUUGUGAUAGAGAUGAAAUGAUUUUUAUUUAACACCUUGAUUGGUAAUUAGAAUUUUUUAUACACUUACCGAUCCCUGACUUAUGAUAAUUCGGUUCUGUCUUAUCAGUGCGUACACGUAAAACCUUCCAACCAACUCCUGGCACGCAUACACAUUCCACGAUUUUUCCAUCUAAUACUUUGUCACGCGAACUAACAUGUGCAAGCUUCGCUGACGGUACUGUGAGGCCACCAAGGAAUAGAUAACCAACAUAACCGGGAAUUUCCCUGAAACCAAAUGAAGACUAGUAUGAGUUAUAUCAAGUAGUAAACCACAAACAAUACACAUUAAUUAACUGGUUUAUCAAAAUUACCGUCUGCACAAGAUUGGCGCAUACCAAGCUUUUUGUCUACAGUUCAAACCAUAAAAUAAGAAAUUUUUCAUCUCAAUAAACACCCCCACAUGAUAACAACUACGGUUCCUUUUUUAAAAAUAUAUCAUCGCAAGAGUACCGCAAAUAUAACCCCCAAUCUACACUUCAAAUUUAUUAACUUUACAAAACCACAAAAAGGCGUAUAGUGAGUGGUUAAUUUCGUUUUUGUAUGCGUAGGUUUGUAAAUACACGUUCGAAUAACGACUCAAGAUAAGUAGAUCAUAGAUACACAGGACCGAAACUGCAGUACUUCCCUAACACCUGGUUGUUUAUGACUUCAAUAAAAAUGUCUGGUAUAAAUGGAGAUGUGCAUCGUGGCAUAGUGGUUAGCACGCUCGCCGACCAUGCACGUGGUCCGGGGUUCGAUCCCCGACCAACUCACUCCUUUUACCUCGCUAAGCCAGGAAUAGUGCUGGUAAAGAGGGAAGGUUUGGCAUGAGGCUAGCAACUCCAUUCUGUAAAAAUAAACACUGCUACAGAAACU